AUGGAGCGACAAGACAUGCAGUGUUUCGUGCAGCGAAUAGACAACGAGGUUAGAGACCCUAAAGUGACCAACAGGAGCAACAACGCCAACACGCAGCCACCACGUUUCAACACGAGUUCGUACGUGAUCGAGCAGUUGGACAUGAUGGACGAUAACGAUAUCAAAAUCGAAAAAUUGGAAAAGCAGUACUCGCCUAAACGAAAAAAGGACGCGAAAGCGAUAGAAGGACUGAAUGCCAACCCUUUGCCGAUACCAUAUCAUCGACCCGUAGGCCAGGACAGUCGGUUGAGCAACGGAAACAUGGUAAUGAUGCCACCGAGUAGUCCACGUAAGACGGCUGGCAAUAAGUACGCCGCCGCGGAAAAGGCCAAACAACAACCGUACAAAAUCGCGUGCAAAGUAGACGUGACGGGUUCCAGAAGAACGGCGUACAAUCAUUCGUUAUCGGCGUCAAGCGAUACCACGGCACCACCAACCACCAGUUCGUCUUCGGUUGAUACCCAUAUGACCACAAGCCUGUCCACGUCCGUCGAGAGCUCAGCAGACCAACCGGAAUGUUUGACUAAAGUAGAAAUUUGCCCUGGCGUUGCACAAGCAGCCACACAAACGACGCCGGAAAAUGAGAGAGUCAGUUUUGUACCUAAUAGUAAAAUAAAACACAAGUUGACACUAAAAAAUCGUUCAAAUUCGAAAAAUGGAUUAAAAACUGAUCCUGUAUCUUCACCAGAAUCCAAAGAUCAACCAGAUAUAACCUUGCAAGAACCAAAGCAAACCGUGAAAAUGGCGUUAAGUCCGUCGAUGGCAGAGAGCCUCCGUGCCGUGUUUGCCGCGUUCCUGUGGCAUGAAGGCAUCGUCCACGACGCUAUGACCUGCGCGUCAUUUUUGAAGUUUUAUCCGAGUCUUCCCAAGAACGGUGCGGUGGUGACGAAACGGAUGACUGAAAGGAACAAGGACCGCGGCCCGCAGAGGCAUUCGGUGGAAGUGACGACCGGCGCAGGCGGUUACCGGCACAUCCGACCCAACGAAGUUAACCGACCGAAACCUGGAAUGGCGUUACCCGCCGAGGGAGCCAUCACCGAGGAGAGCAUGACCAGUUCCGGUAACUCGGAACUAGCAGACAGCCAUCACGCGCAACCGGAACCGUCCGGGGGUGGUGGCGAGUGCCGGACCACCGUCAACUUUCUGCCGCCCGCCCUCAACUGCAUGGUCAGGUUGUGGGACCAGAUCGCAUCCGACAUGCUACAGAUAAUAACUUCGGUUGGCGUUGUCCGCAAGUCUUCUCCUAGGCGGACAGAGGAAAGUAGCUGCGAAAACGGCGAAAACGAUGGCGACAGAUCGUCAGUAGAUCCGACCACGCACGCUCACAACGAGCGGAUAUUCCGGCGACUGAUGCCCAACUACCAGGCCAAGGAGCCCAUGUCGUGCGAGCUGUGCGGCGACACUUUUGCCGUGCCCGUGUCCUAUCACAUGCUUACCACUCACCCGGGAUGUGGUCACAGCAGCGGCGGGCGCGGUUACACCAGCAACGGUACCUACAAGACCGGUUGGUCGGGUGCGUGCGGCGAGGGUGGUAUCGCAUGGUAUCUGCUCUGCGAGUCCUGUCGCGGUGGUUACAUGAAGCGCGCCAAGCCGCCGGCCGCCGCUUCCGGCUCUGCAGCAUCGGCUCCUCGUUCCCGGAAGACCGGUGCUCGACAGACUCCGAUCACCUACCCCGCGGCCAACGACGACGACGACGGUCAUGAUUUCUCCGACUCGGACGACGAAGGUGACGACGACCGCAACGGCUGGAACCCCAACCCUCUGCAACCCAAACAGCUGCAAGGAAUAAACUUCAACGACGAGCUGGUCGACAGCCUACACGUGACGUUCAAAGAGAAUGCCAUGUUUCUGUUGGACUUGGCCAGCACCAGCGGCGGGAGAUCGACCGGUGACGAGCCGACCUCAACAUCGGGCCCUUGGGCCGUAGGCGAGUUCAAAUGUCUGGGCAGCCUCGAGAAUCCUGCAGCCUGUAAAGAACUGCUGCAUUCCGACACCUGCAACGAUGCACUCCUGCAGCAACUUCAAGACUGCGAUUCAGCGGGGAUCUCGUCCUCGGGCCAAGAUGUAGUGGAUGGAACCGUGAUGCGAAGCUUUCAUCGGUCUGUGUCGAUGGACAUAGAGAAGUCACCACUAAGACGCCAAGACAUGAUCAACCGUCGAAAACGGAUCAAUAGUGCAAUCGAUCCUGACAACGGAUUAUCACUGGUAUGUAUGCCCUCGGCGGCCUUACAGGCGCUCGUUCCCAGCGUCGACAACACUACUAUGGUAGGUUGUUCAGCCGACGGUAUAAUAUCGAACAACGAAAAUGUGUCCGAAAUAAACGUUUUCAACAGACCGUCGAUGGCGUUUAUUGUGGAAGCACACAAUUUGGCCGAUCUCAAAUGGGCGAUGAAACAAGCGGUGAGGAAAGCCGCAUGCCGCAGUUACGCUCUACAAGCACUCAACUGGUUACUGCAUGAAGUGUCUCGAGCGUCGUGUCUGCACGACCUCUUGUGGUGGUUCGUGAUAGCGCUAUCUGCUGAAGUCCGCACGGUGGACGGGACCAAUGACUCCACUGACCCACGAUGUCGACAUCCUCUAAGUGAUUUAUACCUAGCUGGCGAAUCCGUCAACCCACUACCACAGGUGUUCUAUCAGUUUUUGCAGACUGUCUCUGAUCUGAUGCUGUACUUACCACCGGGGUCUGCGCUACAGAUGAUGGCCGUCCGCUGUUGGGAUAUUAAUUUUACCCCAUCUGAUCACAUGUUUUUGCAUAGGAGUAAAGUAUUUAGUAAUAUCAGCAAAAUUUUGUCGCACAGUGAAGAUUAUCAAGACAUUUGCGAGGACACUCAACCAGGUGUAUCUUUGACUGAUAACUUCGUUGUGUCGUCACUCAAAGAUAUAACGGAAAAUACAGAAAUCACUGCAACCAGCAGACCGGCAAUGGUCCCGAAUUUAAUCGAUCGAACGACUGAAACGUUUUGGGAAUCAAGCGAAGACGACAAAAACAAAUUCAAAACAAUCACGAUACAAUGCAAUCAUGCGUCUGAAAAUCCGAAAGCACUUUACGUUCAUUUCGAUAAUUGUCGGGAUUUAAAUAACAAAAUAUCGACGGUAGUUUUUUCGUCCGGCCAAACCAUCGAACAGCUGAAUAAAAUACAAACAAUCGAUGUCGAUACUCGAUUUAGUGGUUGGCUUGGAGUUUACAUACAUGAUGAAUCGCACAAAGUCCUCUGCGUCGAAACACGAGGGGCAGACACAUCGGUGCGUGUAAGACAAAUCAAAGUUCUUGGAACUGUGUCGGGAGAGUCUCUCUCGCACGGUCGCCAAUACAGUUAUUCUACCAUACAACAUCGGCAAUGUGAAAAUGAAACACUAAAAGUGUUCAGAUCUAUCACAUUCCAGGUUUUCGGGAAACUAAUACAAGGAAAAGUGACGUCGAUGGAUUCUAGUGUUGAAGAAAGCAAAGAUCUAAAAGAGCAUAUGGUUGGAAUUUUGUUCAGUCAAAGCAAAUUGACCCAUUUGCAAAAACAAGUGUGCACUCACAUAGUAGACGCCAUCCAAAAGGAAGCAAUCCUAAUGCGUGAAGAGUGGGAAAAGUCCGUUUGCAAAUACGAUACCACAUCCAACAAUGGUACGGCCACGCCGACCGACUCUUAUUGUUUCGAAAUGCUGUCGAUGGUAUCAGCUCUAAGCGGGAGCAACGUCGGUCGAUCUUAUCUAGCAAAUCAAUACGAUCUGCUGUCGAACUUAUUGAGUUUAUUGCACACGGGCAGUGCCAGAGUCCAAAGACAAGUAACGUUAUUGCUCAAACGAGUAUUGCCGGAGGUAUCUCCUAGCGCGUUGGCUUCGUUGACCGGAUCUCGACUACCUUCUACCGGGUUUUCCAUCGCCAGCCCACCGUCUAAAACCUACCAGGUAGGACUGCUCGAUAGUUUCUUGAGCAUCAUUGCGAAAGCGUUGAUAUUGCAAGUGAAAGUGAAGGGUGCAAACGGUAGCAAAGUCGUUAAUUCGUUGAAGCUCCAUGACGUUGAUUUGGACGAAGACGAUUCGUUGUGGUAUCUCAAAGGGUUUUCUCACAGAAAACUGGCCGAUGACAUCAUACAGAUCUUAUGGGAUUUGUCAAACGGAAAGUUGGGAGGUAACAAAAACUGGAUUGACACGACCCGGGCAGUGAUUGCCGAAAACAUUCUGAAACUGACAAGAAUAAGCAAAGAACACAGAACAAUGGUAUCGUGCAUUAAAAAUCCCGUAUUGUGGUUGGCCCUAGCUUCGCACUGCGUGUUGCAUCCGGAGCAUGCGGAGAGGUUAUCGUCUGGUCAGUGGUUUAAACCGGAAGAUUCGAAGCCAGUUCCACCGAGACCGCUGUGUACGAACCACGACGACGGCGAAACAGCGGCAUCGAUACAAUGUCUCACGUGCGGAAAUCUUUGUGUCGACUGCGACAGGAUCUUACACUUGCACAGGAAAACCAAACAUCACCAGAGACAAGUGUGCAAAGAAGAAGAAGAAGCAAUCAGAGUCGACCUGCACGAAGGGUGUGGACGGACCAAACUGUUUUGGUUACUUGCGCUAGCCGACAAGGCCACUUUGCAAGCGUUAGUCGAGUUUCGCGAUACGACGUCCGGCUCUUCAGACUUGUCGGCACCGGUCGCCAGGGCCAACGUUUUGCAACUUGCCAGAGUCGGAGUCUGUAGGUAUUGUGGCAUGGUCAGCAACGACGGAUUGCUCGCCAUCGGUAACGUCUGCGCCAACGACGAGUGUCAGUUACACGCUCAAACCGGAUGUCAAAGAAUAUUGAAAUGCGGCCAUUUGUGCGGGGGAAUCAAAGGCGAGACGAAAUGUUUACCGUGUUUGCAUGGGUGUGCCUCCGACGAAAAUCCGUCUCUCAAACAAGACGCCGAUGACAUGUGUAUGAUUUGCUUCACGGACGCCCUGUCUGCUGCACCGUCCAUACAGCUAAUCUGCGGACACGUGUUCCACUAUCAGUGUUGCAAGAGAGUGCUGAUCAACAAAUGGGCAGGACCCCGGAUCACGUUCGGAUUUCAACAGUGUCCAAUCUGCAAGACUCAGAUCGAGCACGCGUGCCUUGCCGAAGUCCUGGACCCGAUCAGGGAGCUGAUGGCUGACGUCAAGCGAAAGGCUCUGAUGCGUUUGGAAUACGAAGGCGAUUGUACGAUGAAAAGCGAUCACGCGGCCGUAUAUGCCAUGGAGAAGUACGCUUACUAUGUGUGCUUCAAGUGUACAAAAGCCUACUACGGCGGCGAAGCUCGGUGCGAGCUGGACGUAGGUGGGACCGAUUACGACCCCUCAGAACUGGUGUGUGGAGGGUGCAGCGACGUGGCCCGAGCUCAGAUGUGCCCCAAACACGGCACCGACCUGCUCGAGUACAAGUGUCGAUACUGCUGUUCGGUAGCCGUGUUCUUCUGCUUCGGGACGACCCACUUUUGCAACGCUUGCCAUGACGACUUCCAGCGAGUCACCAACCUGUUGCCCCAGGAACUACCACCGUGCCCAGCAGGCCCAAGAGCGACGGCUUUGAACGUAGACGAAUGCCCACUGCACGUCAAACAUCCGCCAACGGGCGAAGAGUUCGCGUUGGGCUGUGGAGUGUGCCGAAACGCACAUACGUUUUAA